AACACCCACACUGCUGGCACCAAGACCAAGAAUGUAGAAGUUGGCCUGAUUCAGAUUCUUUGGUGUUUAAUAAAUGUCACUGCAGACAUUUGGGGCAGUGGUUGGACAGCUCUACAACACCACCAGAACAUGCAGGGCCUCUUUCUAGUUGCUCCAGCUGGGAAGGUAGAAUUGAAGAAGGCAGAACAAUGAGGAUGUCAGCUAAAAAAAUGACCAAUUCUGUUUCAAGUGAUUCCACUAAUCCACCUGAAAGGGAAACAGAUGAAGUGGUUCUAAGGAGAAGACAAAAACAGAUCAAUUUUGGAAAGAAUACCCUUGCCUAUGACAGAUACAUUAAAGAAGUCCCAAAGAAUGAGCGAAUCCCAGGAGUUCAUCCCAGAACUCCCAACAAGUUCAAGAAGUACAGCCGCAGGUCCUGGGACCAGCAGAUCAGGCUGUGGAAGAUAGCCCUGCAUGCCUGGGAUCCUCCUCCAGAAGACACCUGGGACCUGCAGCCAGUGAGUACAGAACCCUCAGGAAGUUCCCAGGAACGGUUCUGCAAAGAUCAGGAUGUUUCUGGCUCCUUUGUGUUUGAUGAAACUCAUCAGAGAAAUGAGAGUGAGGAAGAGAGCAGACAAGCUGACUACACACCAGAGAGCCCCUGCUCUCCUUAUUCUUCUCCAGUAUGGAAACGUAGAAAAAGAAACAGCCCUGACUCCUCUGUGGUUUCAAAGAGCAAAAGCCAUUAUGAGAACAUCCUGGAAAGUCUCACAGAACCAGGACAUCAGGAGGCCUUUUCAGAGUGCUCAGAGUGGGAAGCUUUUGGUGAAAGUGAUGAAGUAAUGACAGUGCAGCAUGGUAUAGAAAGAACAAGUGACCCAGUUCCAGCCAGUAGUUCUUCAGGAUGGAAUAAUCAAAGGCAGAAAAUCCCCAACUUCUUUCUGCCUGACAGCAAAACUUGGAGAGACACAGACUGCAGGCUGGAGAGGCUCAAACUUUGCAGCAGUUUGUUGGAAGGACAUCAGUCAGAAUACUCUGAAAGGGGAUGGGGAAGUGCAAGUGCUGAAGGCAGAGUAAUGAGGAAAAAAAUCUAAAUCCCAAGUCUCUCCUUGUAUAUAGAAGUAUCGAAGAAGAAGGACUUUCUCCUCUGACAGAAAAUGAUUUGAGGAAUAGGGAUGUAGUCUGAGAUCAGCAAAUCAAGUCUUGGAAACCUGGUGCAGUCACAGAAGAGCUGCACUGACAGAGGAAGAGAUUUACAGCCAGCAUCUGUGCAGUCCACACGAGGUGAUCUGUGCAGGUUUCUCCAGAUCUUUAAGGAUACAGGUUUCUGCAAGGUCUGCCUCAAGUGUAAAGCUCCAGCUGUGGUUAAGUCUCUGCUGCAGUGAUGAUGGAUGCUCCUUAAAGCUUUUGUGAGAGUCUUUCUGCUGGACCUGCACUGGCAGAUGACACCUGCAUCCUGCUGUGAAGGCUGCUGCAGCUGAUGGAUCCUGCUGCUGCUGUGUGGAGAUUGUGCUGCUCAGCCUGAAUCCAUGUUACACUGGGAAACUGGUCCAAGAUGGAGUCAAACUGAAGAAUGUCACCCCUUGAAGCAAGGGGAUGAACCCUUUUUCCUCCUCUGGACCAGAACUGUGCAAUCCAACCUGAAGAACUUCAGAAGAAUGUAGAUAACUUCAGCCUUCCUCCAAGCUGCUAAAGACAAACUGUUCUUGGCUUUUGGUGAUCAUUCCUGUGCCUAUUGGCUGUUCUCUAAGAGUUGUUAAGCCAGCAUUGGCUUGAGCCUCCUGAGAGGCUAGAAGGGGAAGGAAAAUGAUCAUCAAAAUCAGAUCUCUCUCUCCUUUAAGGGAUGAGUAACUUAAGAGCAACCUGGGGUUUGCUUUGGUGUGUGUUGCAGCCUGAGCCAAAGAGCCAAUCUGCUGCUGAGUCAUGAGGGUGACUGCAGUGCCUGCUCUUGGCCAUGGUGUGUCCAGCCUAAGGGUUGUGAUGGUGCUGAGACAGGCUUCUUGUUUUCCUUCUCUAGCACUGUGCUAGGAAAGUCCAAGUGAGAGUUGUGCUAAGCCUCUCCUUGUUUUCCUGCUCUAGCACUGUGCUCAGAAGGUGCAAGUGAGAGCUGUGCCUACAGUGAAGUUUAGACCAAAUCCACGUGUCAGUUGCAAGAAUGUUUUGCAGUCCUUGUUGUACUUUAUGUAGCAUGCACUGGGAUACAGCUGUCCAGGAGCUGGGAAUGGGCUCUGCAGGAGUCUGGCUUUUUGGGAAGCCUGUGCAGUGGUGGGGAUGAUUGGCAGCAGCCUUGCUGUGGGGCUGGCGGUGUACCCAGGGCCAGAAGCCCACUGUUGAAGCAAGUUGCUUCCCCAGAAACCACUUCCAGCCCUUUCCUGGACAUAAUUUCCAGGCAUUGGGGUUCAGUGGUGUCCCAGCAGGGUGGGGUAUCCAAGGGCCCUAUCUGUGCAGCACUUUGUAAA